AUGUCGAACGAGGCCGGUACUGUUCCUUUUUCCUCGGAACGUCCGUACCGCUCCCACCUUCGCCCAGCAUGUCUGGCAUGCCGGAAGCGCAAGUCUCGGUGCAACAUUGACCAGACCGGGGCAGCAUGUCUGACAUGCCGGGCCCACGGAACACCUUGCGAGUUCCCCCCGUCUCCUGCUGGUCCAAGUCCGCGGCCAAAGGCUUCGUGGAGAGCGGCGCAGGCCCGGAAGUCAAAGGACUUGGGUCACCGUGCCUUGACACCCCCAACACGGCCCUUGUCCUCGGAGACCACUAGUAAUGUUCGACCCAAUUCAUCACCCUUGGAAUCUGCAGACUCAGCAAUCCAACGAGAUUCGAGGCCUCUGAGUGGUGGUUUACCUUUGAGCUCACCGCCUCGAAGAGAAUAUGCCGAGCCCAUUGCAGGAGGCGGCGAAGAUGAAGCACACAUCGUCGGACCGGCAGACAUUGAGGACACCCAAGUUUUGGCAACAUACCUUUCCAAUGAUUCGUCCAUAUUCAAUCGAGGGAUUCGGACGAGGAUAUCCGGGACAAGUCCAUAUCAGGGUAACGGCUUCAGCAUUAGGAAACCUGUCGGCUUCACGACUGUGCGGAAGCAACCUCUUGGUGUUCCGAGUGAUCGAAGUCCAACCUUCUUGAAGUGCCAAGUUGUAGAAAAGCUUCUGGAGCCUCUUCUCCCUCAUGUUAUUGAACUCUUUUUUGAAAAGCCCAACAGAUGCUUCCCUCUUCUGGACAGGCGAUCUUUUGAAAAACGAUUUGCAGAGGAUAGAGAACGCAUCUCACCGGCCUUGAGGGCCUGUCUUUAUGCUCAUACGAUGACCUAUUGGGCCCAGUCGCCCACUCUCACUGAGCAUCAUCGUCCCGAUACCAGGUUCAUUUGGAACCAAGCUACUGAUGCCCUGUUUUCAGAGAUUCAUCUUUCGCCUGGCAUUUCCACCCUCCUCGGCAUCCUUCUCAACAUCUCCGGCCGCCCCUUGACAUCGAUUAUCGGAAACGGCCUCCAGCUUGGAUCGGCCAUCUCUCUAGCCCACUCACUCGGCCUUAAUCGUGAUCCUUCAGAUUGGGACAUUCCAGAGACCGAGAAACUGUUGCGCACAAAGAUCUGGUGGGCGAUAUUUGUGUACGACAAGUGGUCAAGUCUUGCGUAUGGUACGCCGCCACAGUUGAGAAGCGGCCAGCACGACGUUCCACUGCCAACGGUUGAUCAGCUUUGUGGCCCUGCAGCCAGCACCCUCGAUCUCAACGCCGCCUCAAUAUACCUCGCCUUCGUGGCCCUGGCGCAAUUCCUAGACAAAUACCUCGAACGCAUAUACGACCUUGAAAAGACCUUCACAAGCGGCCCUUGGGAUCUCGAGGUUCUGCUGACAAACUGGGAAGACUCGCUCGAUAUCGACCUCCGCCGAAGGAUUAUUCGCGGCGGCGACAGCCUCGACAUGCCAGGGUCAGCAAACCUCCGUCUCGCAUAUCUCUACAUAAAGCUGCUCCUGCGAAAAUGGGAGCUCGACGCAGAGAAAGCUGCCCACGCCGACCAUUCAUCAGCUCCCAUCCGGUGCUACCUCGAAGUCCGACGAGCCGCAGAGGAGAUCGUUCUGCUCGUCCAGGAGCUGAACGAAGCCCAGCUUGGCGAUUACUGGCUCACGCUGCUGACGUUUGCGUUCACGUCAACCACGAAAUUCCUCCUUCGAUGCGCCCUUGAGACGGAGAACACGGUGAGCGGCCUUGCGCAGAGCAUGUCGCUGAAGCUUGCGCGCCAGCUGAUGACGGCGCUCCAGGCGCAUCGUCAAAGGGCGUGGGACCUGGCAGAUCUCUGCAUCGCACAGUACUCUGAGGUCAUUGACAAGCUUGCCUCGUCCGCUUCCACCGCAGAUGUUGCCGAGCAGCCAGUUGAAAUACCCGAACUUCAAGAAUUCGUGUCGACGAGUGUGCCGGACAUUGACGAGCUAUUCCCUAGUUUGUGGGACAUGUUCAGCGGUGCUUGA